CAGGUGCGACCUUCUUCGACCUCUCGCCCGCAGUCAUCGAAGGUAAGAGUACUCAGGGCAAGGUGGGCUCCACGCUGCUGGUCUACAAGGUCUUCAUUUGCGCCCAGGACAUGGCGCCCUCCGUGAUUUACAUUGACAACGUGGAGCAGGUCUUCCAGGCCACCAAGAAGAAGAAGGGUGGAGAUGCUGGCACUGCGCCCAGCCGGAUCAAGAAGGAUUUGCAGGCAGCCAUCAACCAGGUGAAGAGAUUCGAUGAGGCCAACGAGCAGGACCGGAUCCUCUUCAUCGGUGCCACCUCCAGGCCCUUUGCUGAUGGGGUUGAUGUAGCUGGCCUGAAGGACUCCUUCGACGAGAAGGUCUGGGUGAGCUUCCCGGAGUACGGGAGCCGCGUGGUCUUGUGGCAGCGCUUCAUGGAGAAUCACGGCGUGACCGUGGAUCCGGUGAAGCUCAACAUCUCGACCUUAGCGAGAGUCAGCGAGGGCUACCCCGCAGGGUCUAUCAAGCAGACGGUGGAUCGGGUGCUGACUGCCCGCAGAGUUCAGCAGCUCAAGAAUCGGCCGCUCAAGGUCCAAGAGUUCAUUGGCCCCCUCUCUCGCACCGCCUUCUGCUGGAAGGAAGAACUGGACCAGUUCCGGACCUUUGACCACCUCAUCACGGGCGAGAAGGCGCGCGAAGACGCCAAGAACGCGCCACCGGAGGCCGCGCAACCGAAGAAGAAGGGGAAGGGAAAGUAGAGAGGAACGCUUUUGAUGAGACUUGGUUGUGUUGAGUUUCACCUCCCAUCGCGGAAGUUGCAUGAUGUAGCAUGAUGUGCCGUGCCGGUCUGCGGGCAACACACAUG